AUCAUCUGUUAACUUACGAUCGAUAUAACAAAAUAAAUAAUAAGUAAGGUAACUACCAUAGUAAAAACUUCUACCUUCUAAUGUUUCUCACAGGGUCUUCGAUUAUCCGUGGCAUUACCGCAUUCGCCAAUCGAGCGUCAGCGCGAGCACUUCACAUUUCACAAUUAAGCAUGGCACCAAUUAAGGUCGGGGAUCAGCUGCCUGCUGCUGAUUUAUUCGAAGAUUCUCCCGCUAAUAAAGUGAAUAUUUGUGAGUUGACGGCGGGAAAGAAGGUUGUAUUAUUUGCGGUGCCGGGCGCCUUCACCCCGGGAUGCUCUAAAACACACUUGCCGGGAUACGUACAGAACGCAGAUAAACUGAAAUCGGAUGGAGUUGCUGAAAUAGUGUGCGUGUCUGUUAAUGACCCGUAUGUGAUGGCGGCUUGGGGAGCUCAGCACAACACCAAAGGAAAGGUGCGUAUGCUAGCCGAUCCCAGCGGCAACUUCAUCAAGGCUUUGGACCUGGGCACCAAUCUGCCGCCGCUCGGGGGUUUCCGCUCCAAAAGGUUCUCCAUGGUCAUUGUUGACAGCAAGGUCCAAGAUCUGAAUGUGGAGCCCGAUGGCACCGGCCUGUCUUGUUCUCUCGCCGAUAAGAUCAAAGUGAAGUAGGCAGUGUGUAAUAUCGCAUUGCAAAAUUGAAUAACAUAAAAACGAAAUUAAGGCGAUUUUAACCUCAUUUGUGACUUUUCUUAACUUAUUUUUUUCUCGCGGUGUUUAAGAUACUUAGUAAAUUGAGGUAAAGGCUGUAUUGAAUGUUACCAACGCACAGUCGAAAUGCCAAGAAAAUUGUAGGGAAAUCGGCAUUAAUUCUCGUUUUCAUGUUAUUUUUCUGCUUCGGUUGUUUUAGUUGAGCAAUCUUACGUAUAAGGCAACGCUAUUAAUCAAUCGAACACAUCUCACUAUGGAUUUGAAUAGAAUAGUUUGAGAUCUUUUAGAUUUGCUAUUUAUGUAACUAUAAACUUCGAAUAUGUAUAAUAAUAACAUUUUUGCUGUUGCAUUUAAUAUCUCUUGUUAAGUUUUUGUCAAAAUUAGAAAGUUUUAAAAAUUACGUCUUUCACUAUUCAUGUAAUUACGAAAAGCGGCGCAAAGAGCCAAAUCAAAAAAAAACAUUUCGUGCGAACUCACGAGUGAGUAAGAUCCCAUAUCAGUAAAAUGUGAUUUUAUAAUUAUAGCUUUACACGAUUAGUCUGUCGGCACUCUUUGUGAUAUGGUAAACAAUCAAUAUAAUAAAUAGAAACUAUUGUCAUAUAA